AUGGCCCCCAGCGCCGUGGGGCGUGGAGUGACCCCCAACAUUCCCAGUAUCCCCAGUGACCCCAGUGACCCCAACAUCCCCAGUGUCCCCAACAUUCCUAGUAUCCCCAGUGUUCCCAGUAUUCCCAGUGACCCCAGCAUUCCCAGCAUCCCCAGUGACCUCAGUGACCGCAACAUCCCCAGUGACCCCAACGUUCCCAGUACCCCCAGUGACCCCAGUGACCCCAACAUUCCCAGCGUCCCCACUGUCCCCAGCGAUCCCAUCAUCCCCAGUCACGCCGGCGUUGCCGGAGCCCCCGGGCAGGAGCAGGGGGACGCCGCGCUCCCCCUCAGCCCCCUGCCCGGCCCCCCGACACCCCGGCCCCCCCCCGACAUGCUGCUGCCGGAGUCCCCCUUCCCCAGCCGGGCGCUGGCGGCCCUGGACAGCCUGGCCUGGGGGCUGCUCGCCCCCAGCUUCUGGGCCGUCAACCGCCUCCUCGACCUGCGGCCAACGACGGCGGAGCGGAGCCGGCAGCAGCGGAGCCGGUGCGGGUGGUGCCGCGGCUGCGCCGGGCAGGCGCUGGCUGGGCUGGCGUACACCGCGCUGCUGCUGCUCACGCUGCCCGUGGCCGUGCUGGGACUGCUGCUCUGGCUGCCGGUGCAGGCGGUGCGGCGGCCCUUCGCCUACCAGUACACGGCGGGCACGGCGCCGGCGGAGCCGUGGGACCUGCGGCAGCGCCGGACCUUCACCUUUGUCAGCGCCAACCUCUGCCUGCUGCCCAGCGGCCUGGCCAAGUUCAGCAACCUGGGGCAGACGCCGCAGCGCGCCGCCUACAUCGCCCGCCACCUCGCUCCGGCACCACCAGACCCCCCCGGCGCCUGGGCCGGCCUGGUUGAGCCACGACAUGGCGGAGCCAACAGCUACGGCGGGACCCUCUGCACCCCGCGGCAGCCCCCCGGCAGCGUGACGGUGGAGGUGCCGGGCGAGGCGACCGAGCCCGUGCCGGCGGUGUUGUCCGAGCAUUUCCCGGCGGACGCCGACUUCAUCUGCCUGCAGGAGGUCUUCGAGGCGGGCGCUGCCGCCUGCCUGCGCCGGCGGCUGGGUGGCACCUUCCCGCACGUCCUCUCCGAGGUGGGCGCCCGCGGGCUGCGGGGCGGCCGGCUGAAGCUGCUCGACAGCGGGCUCCUCCUGGCCAGCCGCUACCCGCUGCUGGCGGCGUGCUACCACGGCUUCCCCAACGGCGCCCGCGAGGACGCCCUGGCCGCCAAGGGGCUGCUCGCCGUCCAGGUGCUGCUGGGCUCGGCGCAGGGGCAGAGGGUCGUGGGCUACAUCGGCUGCACCCACCUGCAGGCGCCCGCAGCCGACGGCGCCAUCCGGGACGCGCAGCUGACGCUGGGGCUGCGCUGGCUGCAGCUCUUCCGGGAGGCGCAGGAGCAGCGCGGGGACGUGGUGGCCUUCGACGUCCUCUGCGGGGACCUCAACUUCGACAACUGCUCCCGAGGUGACGAGCGCAACCAGAGGCACCGGAUCUUCGAGGUGUACCGGGACCCCUGCCGCCGGGGGCCGGGGCAGGACGCGCCCUGGGCCAUAGGCACCCUGCUCAACUACCUGAAGAUCUACGAGGAGCCCGUGUCCACCCCGGAGAAGCUGAAGAGGACCCUCUCGCAGCUGGCGGGGCGGCAGCGGUACCUGGCGGGCCCGAUCCUCUCCAGCGGGCAGCCCGACCCGGCGGCCCCCAGCCCCUGGCAGGGCCGGCGCGUGGAUUACAUCCUCUACCGCCAGCACCACGGCGCCCAGCCGCUGCGGACGGAGGUGGCGGGGGUCUCCGUCAUCACCCAGCUGGCCACCCGCUCCGACCACCUGCCCGUGGCCCUGCGGCUCGACGUGGCCCCCGCGCCCCCCUGA